AUGAGUCCUAAGGGCACGAGAGUUGAUUCGAGUCUCAAUGAAAUAUCAUAUCCUCAAAAUUCAUUCAUUGCAGAUGAAUAUGAGACCAUCGCGAAGAGGCGUCCGAGGCGUGCGGCAACUCAGAGUGUCUCAUAUAAUGCACGUCCCGCUCGUGCAAGAACAACCCGUACCUCCACCCGCAAACAAUCCCAUUCGCAAUCACUACAGGCUGUUGAAACACCGCCGGCCGAGGUCGAUGCUUCCGACGAAGGACCACAGGAAUCUGAUUCCAUGGGCAUCGACGAAAGAGCCCAGGCCUUACCCCCGUCGACCCGUAUUCGUCUUAGGAUACAAUCGCCCGAAAGCAGUAGUCCGCCUGAAAAAUCACCCAAACGAAAGCGUAAGGCCGGAAGGCCGCGUAAAAAUGACUCCAAACGUCAUCGUGUCACCCUGACUCCCGGCGAUCGUGACAAACCCGAGGAGUCAUCAUCGCGACCAAUGGAAGAUGUGGAGGAUGCACAGCAGGCAGACAAUGAGAUGGAUGAUAAGACGUCGACGAUUAAUGUCAAAAAGGAACAAUCAUCGGUGAAUAAUGUGGGAAAGACAAAAGAUGAAAAAUCACUGGACAUCAAGGAGGAGGCCGCUGAAGAAGUCGAAGUCCUGGACGAAAAGGGUGAACAGAAGAUCACCAAGGACGGUGAACUCCUGGGAGGUAGGAAAUAUAGAGUCCCCGUUUUCCGGUUGGAUUCACGAGGACAAACGGUAUUCAUGUGUUCCAUGGAGCCGGCAAAAUGUCUGGGGUUUCGUGACAGUUAUUUAUUCUUCUCGAAGAACCCCUCCCUAAAACGGAUCGCGGCAACCGACCAAGAACGCGAGUGGCUUGUUGCUAACGGUUAUCUGCCGACGAACUUUAGGAAUCGGGCCAUCACCCUUGUUUCCGCGAGAUCCAUAUUUAAACUGUUUGGCCACAAGAUCGUGUUAGGCGGGAAGCGACGAAGAGAUGAUUACUUCGAAUCAAUAACCAAUUAUGACGAAUCUAAUUACAGCGAUCAAGGUCAAGAUUCGGAAUUGGAGAGCGCCAACAACAUCCUUUCACGACGGGCCAACGCCAAUUACAUUCAAAAUCCGCGUGUCCUUGUGAAUGAGACGAAUUGGAUGUACCAUCAAGCGCUCUCGUGUCGUGAUUACAACAGUCGAUUGAACAUCCAUCGUUCCGAAAAGUCGAAAUUUUACGAUCCGCACACCAACAUCGAUCAAGUCUCUCGUGACACCCAACCGACACGCAUUCGGGUUGAAAUGAUUUCCCCGGUUAAUUAUUCUUCGAGAAACAGUGGAUCAUCGACGCGGGUGAAACCCGAAAUCGAAUUUGUACCAAAGAUCGUGAAUCCUCAUAAAACGCUCGGUACGGAGGUUAUGGAGGUUCUGCCCCCUGAGAUCAGGGAGAUUGUUGAGACCAUGAAGAAGAACGAGGAACUGGCCGAAUUCAAGAUUGAAGACAGGUAUCCUCUGGUAGUGGCAGACGGUCAAUUCCAAACCUCAUAUCCAGUGUAUCAAACUCCGUUUAAGUCCAGUGUUCCAAACGUCCCUAUGACCACAACCCUGAAUAUGCCAACCACGCCAGACACUGUUGCGACAGAGGAGCAUUCUUACUUUCAUUUCAAGAAGGUUCAACCCAUGCCAGCUUUUGGCAAUCAGGUAUUAAACUUUCUUGGGACCCCUUCUUUCAAGUUCGCUCAAUCAGAGGUUUUGUUUUUAAACAAUGGGAUUUUAAUUAGACAGGGAGGAAUAUCUCGCAAUACACGUCGAGCAAGGCCAAUCCUCAUAAUCGCCGAAGGGGAAAAGUGCAUGUAUCACAAGGACAGCGUGCAAGCUCCUGCAUUCGUUGGUCGCCCCGUGGGCCGGAACAAACCUGUGAACUCGGUCGUGUCUUCUGUACAGACGGAUGCGGCUGGAACCUCCGGUAUCCUACCUCCCGCCCCCUUCCCCGUUCCUCCUCCCCACGCCUGUGCAAUAUGUUUUUCCACGGUUGUCCCCCAGACCCUACAAUUGCCCCCCAAUGUCUCGUGCUCCACCGAGCACAUUACCGAUGGCAAUGUAAUGAUUGCAAGACUUGUUCGGUUUGUAAAUCCUCUGGCGAUGAAGCCACUCUUCUCAUAUGCGACGACUGUGAUCGAGCCUGGCACCUUGACUGUAGCGAGCCAAAAGUUACCGAAGUUCCACAAGUGUGAUUCGUGCGGAGAAAAGGCCUCGUCUUUGAACGACGCGGCAAGUUCCUACUUCCACAAGGAUGCGACGCCCAAUGAAUCAAAUUACCCAAUUCAUUUGGCCACGAUUUGCAGCAAGUGCGAACCCAACUUCUCGGCCGAUCGGUUUUGCCCAAUGUGCCUUAAAACCUACUCGGACACAGAGGACAGUCAAGAGAAUGAGGAUGACAAAGAUAUGGUGUGUUGCGAUGACUGUGAUAGUUGGAUUCACGCGAGAUGCGAUUCCGCCAUCACGCCCGAGCGAUACAAGGAAUUGGUCGAAGACCCUGAUGCAAAAUACAGGUGUCCGCUGUGCGAAGGAAGAAUAAAACCGAUCCGAAAAGGCGACGAAGAACAGAUACGUGCAUUGUCCGGUUUCCCCGCGGCCAUACCCGUUUCUCAAAUCGCUAACGGCCGAUGCAUUCGGGGCGUUGUUAACUUUAAGGGAAAGAAGGUGACCGUUCCCGAGAUCCGGGGUUGGGGUAAAAGUAACAUUCAAUAA